UACUAUUUUAAUUCCUUGAUUCGGGACAUGUGCGUGUUUGUCUCACAACGAUGAGUUUAAUUCUACGAAACCUCCAGAACGUGGUGCCGCUGCGACGUGCCAGGCUCCGUAGGGAUGUGGAGACUUUACGACAGAUAAUUGGUGUCCAGAAAUUUGAUUUGGGAUUGAUUUGCGUGGACAACGAAAGGAUUCAACGCAUCAACAACACUUACAGGAACAAGAACAUGCCAACGGAUGUGCUCUCUUUCCCCUUCUACGAGAACCUGGAACCUGGGAAGAUGCCUGUCUGUCAUCACAGAGAGGAGUUAAAUCUGGGGGACAUUUUCCUUGGAGUGCAAUACCUUAUGAGACAGUGUCAGGAGGAGUCACAAGAUUUUCACAGCGCGCUGACAGUAGUGACAGCGCAUGGAAUUUGUCACCUGCUUGGGUACAAGCACGGAACCGAGGAAGAGUGGACACAGAUGUUCCAGAAGGAGAAGUACAUUCUGAACGAAUUCAACAGACUCACGGGAAGCCAGCUACAGCCUCUCACAAAAAGACACGGCGAUGAUACGUGACCACUCCGUCGGAAGCUGGGACAAACUACACAAGACUGGAGCCGUGUAGGGGAUAUUGGGGUCACAUUUUUCUUUCAAGCGCUAUGGACAUGUAUCAAAUUACUAAAUAACGCAAGGCUUAAUCAUUCAUGGUAAAUCUUGCUACGGUAUCCUCAUU